CGCUCGUCCAAUUCUCUUCUGCAGCGUCCCUAUCUGCCCAGUGAAAAUGCUACCCAUUCGGCAGCGUCCAGGCCACCGACUUACCUUUCUCUCCGGCUGUGGCUGUGGAGACAUGUGAGCUCUCGACCACCCAUGCCACGGUUUUUUCUUUGUGGAGGCAUCACUAGGAGUAGGAUCACUGGUGCUAUGAAUUCAUAAGUAGCGAUUUUUCCAUGCUGCCUUCAAUGGCAAUCAAAGAAGAUGGUCUAGCGAUCGUGGCCUACAUUCUUUUUCUCACGCUCCUGUUCUUGAGUUCAUCCUGCAAGUCAGCUGACGACCACUUGACACAUUCAAAGCCACUCACCCUUGAUGACAUGCUCAUCUCCGAUGGCGGGGAUUUCGCUCUUGGCUUCUUAUCCCUGACCAGCUCCAGUAAUAAGAGCCUACUAUACCUUUGCAUAUGGUACCACAGCAUUCCGGGACGGACCGUGGUGUGGAUCGCCAACCGUGACAAGCCGAUAAUAGAAGCCACACCUUCAUCCCCGAAGCUCGUCAUCACCAACAACUCCGACCUGGUGUUAUCAGACUCCCAAGGCCACGCGGUUUGGACGACGGCGAACAGCAUCACCGACACUGGAGCCGGAGCCGGAGCGUACGCGGUGCUGCUGAACUCGGGGAACUUGGUCCUCCGGUUCCCGAACGGCACAGACAUAUGGCAGAGCUUCCAUUACCCGACGGAUACCAUCCUUCCAAACAUGAAGGUCCUAUUGAGCUACAAAGGCCAGGUCGUGUCGCGCCUCGUCGCCUGGAAGGGCCCGGAUGACCCGUCGUCAGGGGACUUCUCCUGCAGCGGCGACCCCAGCUUCCCCGACCUCCAGCUCGUCAUCUGGCAGGGGACUAGGCCCUACUGCCGCAUCACUGUAUGGAACAGCGUGUCGGUCCUCGAUCUCAACAACAAUGGCUCCAUGGUGUACCAGACAGCUAUCAACGUAGGGGACAAAUUAUUCUUCGAGUUCACAGUCUCCGUCGGCUCGCCGUUCACGCGGAUCACGCUCGACCACACCGGCAGGCUGAGGUCUCUAAGCUGGAAUAAUGCCUCGUCGUCCCCUGCAUGGACCAUCGUCAGUGAGCGCCCCGCUGCUGCUUGCGAGCUCUACGCCUCGUGUGGCCCGUUCAGCUACUGCGACUUCACCGCCGGGACCAGCUCGACCUGCCGGUGCCUCGAUGGAUAUGAGCCCAACGGUCCAAAUUUUACUGCUGGAUGCCGGAGAACGGAGGAGCUCGAAUGCGGCAAGCAGAGCCACUUCUUGACUUUGCCUCAGAUGAAGGUUCCUGACAAGUUCUUGCACAUACACAACAGAAGCUUGGAGCAAUGUGAGGAUGAGUGCAGCCGCAACUGCUCCUGCACGGCUUAUGCUUACGCCAACUGGAGCAGUGGCAGCGGUAACUCUGUUGUUGACCCAUCAAGAUGCUUGGUUUGGACAGAUGAGCUUGUGGACACAGGGAAAUCUAGCGACUAUGGCGAAAACUUGCACCUCCGGCUUGUUGACUCCUCUGCUGCUGACAAAAAGGGCAACUUAGUGAAGUAUGUACUGCCGAUUAUAGCAUGCAUGUUACUACUGACAUGCAUUGCUCUUAUCUGGAUACGCAAAUGCAGAGGCAAAAGCCGAAAGAAGAAGGCUCAGAAGAAACUGAUGGCUGGGUACUUGAGCGCUUCCAAUGAGCUUGAAGGCGAAAACAUUGAAUUUCCAUUUGUUACCCUCGAAGAAGUUCUUGCUGCAACAGAUAAUUUCUCUGAUUCCAACUUGCUUGGAAGAGGAGGUUUCGGGAAAGUCUACAAGGGAAAUUUGCAAGGCGGAAAAGAAGUCGCUGUCAAAAGACUCAGUAAGGAUUCAGGUCAAGGUAUAGAGGAGUUCAGAAAUGAGGUAGUUCUAAUUGCCAAAUUGCAGCACAGAAACCUAGUCAGACUUCUUGCUUGUUGCGUCCAUGAAGAUGAGAAGCUACUGAUCUACGAAUACUUGCCUAACAAAAGUUUGGACGUCUUCCUGUUUGAUGCUGCAAGAAAGCAUGUGCUCGAUUGGCUUACACGGUUCAAAAUAAUUAAGGGAGUAGCGAGAGGUCUUCUUUAUCUUCACCAAGAUUCAAGAUUAACUAUAAUUCACAGAGAUCUCAAAGCAAGCAACAUCUUGCUGGACACAGAAAUGACUCCCAAGAUAUCUGACUUUGGCAUGGCAAGGAUUUUUAGUGAAAAGCAGCAACAAGUAAACACUUGCCGGGUUGUUGGGACAUAUGGUUAUAUGUCGCCUGAAUAUGCAAUGGGAGGUGCAUUUUCUGUCAAAUCAGACACAUACAGCUUUGGUGUUCUUCUCUUGGAGAUUCUAAGUGGACUAAAGAUCAAUUCACGACAGCCUGUCAACUUUUCUAGCCUUAUUACUUAUGCAUGGAGAUUAUGGGAAGAUGGAAAAGCAGUACAAUUGGUGGACUCUUCAAUUAUUGAGAACUGUCCAUUUCAUGAAGUACUAAGGUGUAUCCAUGUAGGACUGUUGUGUAUUCAGGACCGUCCGAGUGACAGGCCAUUUAUGUCAUCGGUUAUGUUUAUGCUGGAGAAUGAAAGCGCACUGCUUCCAGCACCAAGGAAACCCUUGUACUUUGAUUUAGGUAAUUGCAAAGCUGGAGAAACAAGGGAAAAUAUUGAAGAAUCUGCGAGUGCAAUGAGUAUCACCACAUUAGAGGGUCGUUAGUAUAUGCCAGUACCUUUUGGUGUAGAUAUCUUAUCACACGGUUGUGAGGCAUCUUUAAUGAAGCUUCCUUGCAAGCCAAAGAAAAGAUUAAACAUAUGAUGGGU